AUGCAGCAACGACUUCUCGGACGGGGUGUAAGACCCGCUGUCGAGAUAUCCGACCUCCGCCGCGAGACCAUGACCGACGGCGAUGCUCGUGAAUUGCUUUCCAUGUACGUAGUCAUUCGUCACGAGAAGUGGAUCAGCCCCAACGGAUUCGACGACGAUGGCAACCCGGUGCGUCCGACGUGGGAAAGGAUAUCGCGCUUCGAGGAUCCCAACAUAUCGCAGCAGGAGGCCAUUCACAAGGUCCGCGAACUGACGAAGGGUGGGUCAGUGGCAUUUAAGAAGGGCCAGCUGGGCGUGAAUAUACAACGCCAGUUGGAGGAAACGAAGCGUGCCCUUAAAGAAGAGGAUCCCGACACACGCUAUCGGUACAUCCUCACCCAGCUGGAUUGGACGACGAGGAGAAUUAACGAAGACUCAGCACGGCUGCAUCAAAAUGAGAAACAGAGAAAGCACAAAACCCAUAAGGAUAGAAAGGACAGCAAAGGGGGGAGAGAGGAAAGGACCGAGCAAGUCAAGUCGUCCAAGUCCAAGGACAAGGGUAAAAGUGAGCGAGUAUCCGUCACGGCCUACUUCCAGAGGGUACCAAGGAAGAGCGAGGACGUGGUUAUGAUGGUUAAGGAGCUCAAGACGAGCGAACAUCAGUUUUUCCAGCCAAGCGAGCAGGCUGCGGCCGACGGUGGCACAGCGCCUCGCCUGGCUCAGGUGAUGCCCCCAGUUGAACCUCACCAACGCCAUCAACCUCAGCAACCUCAGCAGCGUCAUCAGCCUCAUCAGUCUAUGCAGCCAACACAUCCAAGCAUAGCGCAGCCGGUGCCAUCAGCGCAGCAGCAAUCUCAGCUACCUCAGGAACCUCAGGGGCCUCAGCAGGCUCAUCACCUGAGCACGAAAUACAAUCACGGCAACCUCAUCAACCUCAUCAGCCUCUACAACCAGCACAUCCAAACACAGCGCAGCCGACGCCACCAGCACAGCACCAAGCUCAGCAGCUUCAACAGCCUCAGCCGCUUCACCAGUACCCUCAAUUUGCGCAGGCACAGCAGUCAGGGCAGUAUCAACGUCAGCAAGCUCACCAGUUUGCACAGCCAACACAGUCUCAUCAACUUCAUCAGCCCCUUCAAUCUAUGCAGCCAGCGCAUGAAGACAUGGCGCAGCCGGUGCCGCCAGCACAGUACCAACCUCGACAACCUCAACAACCUCAGCAGCCUCAGCAGCCAGGACAAUCUCAUCAGCCUCAACAGUCUAUGCAACCAAUGCAUCCAGACCUGUCAGAGCCGGUGCCUUCAGCACAGUACCAGCCUCAGCAGUCUCAGCAAAAUCAGAAUCCUCAACAGUCUAUGCAGCCAGCGAGUCCAAACAUGGCUCAGCCGGUGCCUCCAGUGCAGCACCGCCCUCGGAAACUUCAGCAACCUACUCAUCCGUUUGCGCAGCCACAGCUGCCAGGGCAAUCUCAUCAGCCUCCACGGUCUAUGCAACCAGCGCAUGCAGACAUGGCGCAGCCGGUGUAUCCAGCACAGAACCAACCCCAGCUUCCUCAACAAACUCAGCAGCCUCAUCAGUCCUGGCAGCCAGCACAUCCAGACGCUGCGCAGACAGUGCAGCCAGCACAGCCCCGAACCCAGCAACAAUGUCAGUAUACGCAGCCAGCGGAAACAGAAAGGGUGCAGCCGGUGCAUUCGGUACCGUCUCAAAUACACCAUGCUCAUCAUGCUCCGCAGCCAGCGCAGCCAGACACGGUGUGGCCGCUGCAGGAUCAACUUGGACAACCUCGUCAGGCUACGCAGCUGGCACAGCCCGAGACUCGGCAACCGGUGCAGCCAACGCAGUACCAAACUGGUCAAACCCGUCUGUCUAUGCGGCCCGAACAGACAGUACGGCCAGAGGCAGUACAGCCGGUGCCGCCGGUGCAGUAUGAACCUGGUCAACCAGUUCACCAACCGUACCUUCAACCUCAGCAGUCCACGCAACCAGGACAGCCGGUGCUGGAUCAGCCUCUGCACGCUCGACAGUCUACGCAGCCGAUACAGCCCGAGACAUGGCGGCCGGCGCAGCCGACGCAGCACCAAGCUCAGCAAUCUCGUGGGUUUACGCAACCAGAACAGGCCGUGCAACCAGAAACAGCAGAACGGAUGCCGCCAGCGCAGCAUGAACCUUGGCAGCUACAUCAUCAACUUCACGUACAACCUCACGAGCCAACGCAGUCAGGGCGUGCAGCCGGUUCGGUCGACACAGCCGGUUCAGUCGAUGCAGCCGGUUCAGUCAACGCAGCCAGUUCAGUCGACGCAGCCGGUUCAGUCGACGCAGCCGGUUCAGUCGACGCAGCCGGUUCAGUCGACGCAGCCGGUUCAGUCGACGCAGCCGGUUCAGUCGACGCAGGCCGGCCAGCCCACGGCACGACCUAUCCAACGACCGGAUUCGCUGCCGCUAUCGUCGGGGGCGUCACCACCAGGAGGCUUCACCACGUCCGGGCCGCCGGCCGGCGCCGGAAAUCCGGAGGCUUCCCCAGAUGCGCGGACGCCAGGGGGUUCGGGGGACCUACAAGGGCAGGGCUCACAUGGCCAUCCGGCCCAUAUUGAGGUGGUGCCGGCCAGGGGUGAUGGCAUUCGAGUGUACAUCGGGUCGGUUCGCGGCUCGAGGAGCGCCUCAAGUUCCGACACGUUCUGGGACUCUGACGGCAACGAAUACAUGACGGCAGCGUCAUCGAUCGGUUCCGGCAUCCUCCGUUCGCACCACGCAGGUGCAGGUUGCGGCCGUUACCACUGGCAUGACCGUCCGGAGAGCUUUGGCGUCGAGCCGCGACGCCAACACCGCCGGUGUGAUGGAGAUCAAGACCACCUGCCACCCAGCACCGGCCAUGCAAGCUCUCCGUUCCUCGGGCCCCGCUCGCUUGCUCCGGCGGUGGACCUUGAGAGGGUAGCGGAGCAAACCUACCGAGAAGGCCGGGGCGACGAGGCGAGAAUCGGCGGCGUCCGGCCCAAAGUGGUUCAGGGUCCCCGACCCUACCGAAGCUCGUCGGACCGUGGCGGUUGCGGAAGCAUGCCUGACGUUGGGCUGGACCAGAUGGGAUAUGGGCGAGACAGAGGUAGGCUUGAUGAGGAGGCCGGCCGUGAGACAGCAUACAUGUACAGGCGGGAGCAAGGUGGUCGGUGCGACGGAAGAUAUGACGAUCUAGAACGACGCGGCAGGGUCCGAGACGGGUCGCACCCGGCUGGUUCUGCCGAUAACGCGCCACCACAAGCGACGUACGCGGAUGCUCGACAGUCUACCGUUCGGUCGAGAGCGUACAUGUAUCCGGAAGAGGGGGCUGAGUCGAGCAACCCGCAAGGUGAUGAUGGCAGGGAAAUUGAUACACUGCACAGCACCGGCCGCGCUCGUCCUUUUAUCAAGAAAUUCAACCAGUCCCGAGGUCUGCUUGGCUACGAGUGUCCUGUUCACAAAUAG